AUGUCAACCAUUGAUGUCUCAGAAUCAAGCAAGAAUAUUGGCAAUGGAAGAAAAGUUCCAGGUGCACCCCUAAGGCCUGGGUGGAAGAAAGGCGUAGCCAUAAUGGACUUCAUUCUAAGGUUAGGUGCCAUUGCAGCUUCUCUUGGUGCUGCUGCCUCCAUGGCAACAAGUGAUCAGACACUCCCUUUCUUCACUCAGUUCUUUCAGUUUGAGGCCAGCUAUGAUAGUUUUUCUACUUUCCAGUUUUUUGUGAUUGCUAUGGCAUUUGUUGGUGGUUACCUAGUACUAUCUAUACCUUUCUCUAUAGUCACUAUUAUACGUCCCCAUGCAGCAGGGCCAAGACUUUUCCUCAUUAUCCUCGACACUGUGUUCCUGACUCUAUCUACUUCCAGUGGUGCUGCAGCUGCUGCCAUAGUGUACCUAGCACACAAUGGCAACCAGGAUUCGAAUUGGCUUGCCAUCUGCAACCAAUUUGGUGACUUUUGCCAGCAGAUUAGUGGCGCAGUGGUCGCCUCCUUAGUUGCUGUUCUUCUGUUAGUUGUGCUGAUUGUCAUGUCCGCAGUGGCUCUACCACAUAAUAGUUACCUAUGA